GAGGGGCUGACGGGGCCGCCAUGAACGGCUACGGCUCCCCGUACCUGUACAUGGGCGGCCCGGUGGCUCAGCCGGCCCGGGCGCCCCUGCAGCGGACGCCCAAGUGCGCGCGCUGCCGCAACCACGGCGUGCUCUCCUGGCUGAAGGGCCACAAGCGCUACUGCCGCUUCAAGGACUGCACCUGCGAGAAGUGCAUCCUCAUCAUCGAGCGGCAGCGCGUCAUGGCCGCCCAGGUGGCGCUGCGCCGCCAGCAGGCCAACGAGAGCCUGGAGAGCCUCUUGCCCGACACGCUGCGCGCCCUGCCCGCCGCCGCCGCCGCUCCUACGCCCGCUUCUGCUACGCCGCCCGGGCACCCCGGAGCAGCGCCUGCCACCGUCCCCGGUCCCGCGGAGGGCCCGGCCGGCGCCUCCCACCGUCCCCCGAUGGAAUUGGCAGCCGCCGCCGCCGCCCUGAGAUGGGCUUCCGAGCAGCCCGCCGCCGUCCUCCAGCCUCCGCCACUCAACAAACCAGACAUGACAGAAGAGCGACUGGGCGACGUCAGUGGAGGAGACAGUACUGAGGCCUACAGUGACAAAGAUACAGACCAAAGGAGUUCUCCAGAGGUGACCAAGACCAAGAGCAGCUUCGCUCCCGAGAGCCCUGAAAUAGUUUCCGUUGAUGAGGGUGGUUACGCAGUCCAGAAAAACAGUGGGAGCACUGACAGCAGGCCCGAGAGCCCCAAGUAUCAACCGGAACAGAACCAUUUCUUGAUUGAAGGUCCAUCAGGGACAGUUUCUCUGCCAUUCAGCUUAAAAGCCAACCGGCCACCCCUUGAAGUGUUAAAGAAAAUAUUCCCCAAUCAAAAGCCAACUGUGCUUGAAUUAAUCUUGAAAGGCUGUGGGGGUGACCUGGUGAGUGCCGUUGAGGUCCUCCUGUCGAGCAGAUCCUCCCUAGCGGGAGGAGACAGAACUUCUGCAGAGUCAGAAGGCCUGGUUUUGCCUUCGAAUGGGCACCUCUUUGAACACACUCUGAGCUCCUAUCCUAUUUCCUCUUCAAAAUGGUCCGUAGGGUCGGCUUUUCGAGUCCCAGACUCACUGAGGUUUUCUGCAGAUACUAGUAAUGUUGUACCAAAUCCAUUGGCUGUUCCGUUACAGCAUCCCUUCCCACAACCUCCUCGGUAUCCAUUGAUGUUGAGGAAUACUUUGGCAAGAAACCAGUCCAGUCCAUUUCUACCCAACGAUGUUACUUUGUGGAACACCAUGACCCUUCAGCAGCAGUAUCAGCUGAGGUCUCAGUAUGUCAGCCCCUUCUCUGCUAAUUCUGCCACAGUCUUCCGAAGUUCUCCAGUCCUUCCCACACGCCCAUCGGAGGAUCCUAGAAUCUCACUCCAAGAGGAUGGAUGUCCGAUUGUGGCAAAGCAACCCAUUUAUACAGAAGAUGACUAUGAUGAAAGAUCUGAUUCCUCAGAUUCUAGAAUAUUAAACACAUCUUCGUAAAAUGAUUAUUUGCCACCACAUUUUUCAAUGUGGCAGAAAUGCUGGACUUCAGCCAAAAGAAAAGGUGGGUCAUAUAUCUACAGGAAAAAAAGUGACUCUGCUUGUUACUAUCUGUAAGCAAUAAAGACAUAAUUUAUUUUAUUUCUUGCACUUCACUGAAAAAUGCCAAAUAGUUACUAUUUCAUGGCUUUAGUGCUGAAUGUUACUACUGAAAAAAAAAUUAAACACACAUGUAAUAAAUUGUGGGGGAUUGUAAAAAUUUAAAGAAGAGCAAAUAUGUCUUAUCUUUUACACCACUGGGAAUGUUGAUAUUGUCUUGAAUGCCAUGUUCAACAGAAGGACUCCUCAGGAUAAAUAAGCAACUAAAAAGCAAAUAAUUAAAUAGCAAGAGGACUAAGCAGUGACCUUGCUGGCUUUAUGACCACCACUGUCUUGGUGUUAUACCCAUGAGUCAUAAAAAGACUAAGAAUGAACUGCCCACAUGUGGUCCCAGCCGAGAUACUUUUUGGAGGCACCAUAAAUCCUAUGCUUUUCACAUGGCUUGAUGAAACAAUGUUAUAGCGUCAAUGUAAAGUAAAUAACAGCUGUAAGUUGCAUGAAACUGUCUUGUGGAAAAAAAAUGAACACAUUAAUUAAAAUUGUCAGGUUAAUGUA